UCGGUGACUCCACGUUCUUACGAGUGCAACCGACGCUCGUAGCAAGUGUUUUUGAUAUUGCGGGUGUACCUGACCGCGAGAGCCCCAAAUAAUAUGUGUAUAACCCGAAGACACCCCUGAGCGCCCAGAAAAAAAAUCGUGUGAAUCUCUCGUCAUCACAAAAAAAAAUAAAAUGCAAGUUGCAAUGGUGCGUUUUGGAGUGGCAGUCAUCCUGAUGACGAUCUGCCUUUGGGGCGUUGUCGGGCAGUACGAGUGGCAAACCAGAGACACCUUCGACGAGGUUAAAAUGCGAAUGGAGAAAGUAACAUCUGAUAACUGUGAAAUUCAGCACCUGGGGGAUCUUUUUCUACCCGAGGACGCUGUAUCCCACCUUCCCGAUGUCAAAGACAUCAACAUCAAUCCAGUAUUUCCAAACAGAACUGCUCUCCUUCACCUCCAAAACAUGGCACUCAGCAGAUCCUUCUUCUGGAGUUAUAUACUCCAAUCGAGAUUUAUAAGACCUGCGAUAAACGAUACGUACGAUCCUGGGAUGAUGUAUUAUUUCUUGUCCUCGGUUGCUGAUGUAUCUGCCAAUCCUUACAUCAAUGCAUCUGCCACUUACUUCUCACCGAAUAUGUCGUAUUCACCGAGUUAUCGAGGAUUCUUCAACAAGACUCUGCCUAGAUUUGCACCGAGAACAUUCAGGUCUGAUGAUUUCAACGACCCUGUUCACUUGGAGAGAAUAUCUACGAGGAAUACAUUCAUCGUCAGGGAUCUGGGGGCCUUUCCUUCUCAAAGCCCCAGUCUUGAUUAUACUGCUGAUGAUUAUAGAAUUAAUCAAUGGUACAAGGCUUGGUUGCCAGACAAUCCCCAGAGUCGACACGACACGAAGACGACGUAUCAGGUAGAAAUUCGUUACGCAAACAACACGAACGAGACGUUCUCCUUCCACGGACCGAGAGGAGCUGACGAGGAACCGGGACCGAUAAAAUGGACAAAACCGUAUUUCGAUUGUCAUCGCUCGAACCGUUGGCUGGUGGCUGCAGUGGUUCCUAUAGCUGAUAUUUACCCUCGUCACACUGGUUUCCGGCACAUUGAAUACCCCACGUACACUGCUGUUACUGUUAUGGAGAUGGAUUUUGAGAGGAUUGAUAUAAAUCAGUGCCCAAAGGGUAAGGGAAAUAAUGGGCCCAAUAGGUUUGCGGGUACUGCCAGGUGUAAGACGGAUACGACUGAGUGUGAACCUCUCCAUGGCUGGGGGUACAGAAGAGGUGGUUACCAGUGUAGAUGCAAGCCAGGAUAUAGAUUACCCUCUGUUGUCAGAAGGCCCUUCCUGGGAGAAAUUUUGGAGAGGGCAACGCAGGAGGAGUAUUACAAUGGUUUUGACUGCUCGCGGAUAGGAUGGGUUCACAAAAUGCCAGUCCAGUGGGAAAAGGCUCCACCUCACAUGAAGGAAAAAUACCUGGAGCAGUACUACGAGUACAGGAACUUCUCCACAGGCCCUGAUUCCCUCCAAAGAGAGAAAAUAAAUAUCGAUCAAGUCCUCAAGUUUAUCCUGAGUGUCAAUGAGAAGACCUGUGGAAGGUACACUAAACAACAGCUGAAUCUCCAUGGGGACAUUGGAUUCGGUGCUCAAGAGUUUUUCGAGAACGAAGCCAGGAUGGCAACGCGUCUUGCUAAUUUUAUUAGUGCAUUCCUUCAAAUAUCAGAUUCCCAAGAAGUUUAUUCGGGUAAACGAGUCGCUGAUAAACCUCUCACUGAGGAUCAGAUGAUCGGAGAGACUCUGGCACUACUCAUGGGAGACACUAAAAUAUGGUCUGCUGGAACUUAUUGGGAUCGAAAUAAAUUCACCAAUAGAACUUUCUUCGCUCCCUAUGCGUACAAAACUGAAUUGAACUCCCGGAAAUUUAAGGUCGAGGACUUGGCACGCCUAAAUAGCACGGAGGAAGUCUAUACGAAUCAGCCUUGGUUCAAGGUUCUUCAGCAGAGGUGGGCAGCUAAUUUUGACGAGUUGGAGAAAUAUUUCAUGAAGAUUCACAUCCGUUACAAUGAGACCGGAGAGCACAGCAAGAAAUACGAGCAUUUCCCCAAUUUCUACAGGGCAGCAAACCUGAACCACGGCCACUGGACAACUCCUUAUUUCGAUUGUAACGGCAAAGUGAAUAAAUGGGUAAUUACCUAUGCAUCCCCAUUUUUUGGCUGGGACAGCCUCAAGGCUAAACUGGAAUUCAAGGGUGUCGUUGCUGUGACCAUGAAUUUGCUUCAGCUGGACAUCAACCAGUGCGACGAGCAAUUUUGGGUGCCAAAUGCCUUCAAGGGCACCCACAAAUGCGACCGAAAAACAUCAUACUGCGUCCCACUCCUAGGAAGAGGCUUUGAAACCGGAGGGUACAAAUGCGAAUGCAAACAGGGAUUCGAGUACCCCUUCGAGGACUUGAUCACUUACUACGACGGUCAGCUAGUUGAGAGUGAAUUCUCAAACAUUGUACAAGACAAAGAGACUCGAUACGACAUGUUCAAAUGUCGAAUCGCUGGUGCAGCCUCUGUGUGCGCCAGCUGGAGCCUCAUAAUAUCAGUUUUAGCAUUUUUCUACCAUUUCUAUCGGAGAUAGAUUAAUUAAUUGAUAUUUAUGGUGUUACGAAUGUCUUCAGUGAGUCAUUAAUCCGUCCAGAAGCUAUUUUUUUUGCAAUUCAAAGAGAAUGAUCAAUUUUAUAUGUUUUUAUAGAGCAUUUUUAUCGUGCACAUUUUUAGAUAAUAGUUCUUAGAUUGUAAUGGGAGAUUAAACUGAUAACGCGCGUCUAUAUUCCGUCCACGAACAAGUGCCUUUUUUUUUGUAAUUGGGAGGAUUCCUCAGUCACCCAAAGAAUCUCUUCAACUGUGUUAACAUUUAUACAAAUUCAUGUGUUCAUAAUCCAUUUUUUAAAUAAUGCAAUAAUAUUGAUUUGUCAUAUCUCGUGAAGAUGAAGGUAUGGAACAGUUUGUAUUUUUAUGAUGAGACGUUUGAAUAAAGUUUUUAAAU